ACGCGGUGUCUAUCAAUAGUACCAACCCUAUACCAGAGAGCGAGCGCGCUUGACGACUUGUUUGAUUCAUCACUCUCCUUCAAGAUCAUGGGAGCAGUGUUCUCACUACUGGCGGUGGCGGCGGUGGCGGUGGCGGCGGCCAUAGUGUCCUUCGUGGUGGGUCCAGCUGUGUCAUCUGUUUGUCCCUUGGUGACAAUGGUUGCACCCGGCGUCGCCGGGCAGGUUAUAUCCCGCGCGGCGUUCCUUGCGAACCCGCAGCUUUACUUUGCAGUCCUCCACAAAGACGGCGGAUUAGCUGCUGUUCGUAUGUUUGCUGGCUAGCUCUAGGGUAGGGUCGCAGUCGAAGGGGCGCAUGGUUGGGCGCGCGCCUGGGCGGUCUCUGGAAGACUACUAGUAAAAUAAAAGUGGCGACAGUAGUGUCCUCUCCUCCUUGGUGCACGUGGACGUGGUGUACUGGUGUUUUGUCGUCGUCGCUUGCAAUAUAAUGCCUAUUUUAUUACUAUUAAUCUUGGCAGCUUCGUGAGAUUGCGUGCAGGCAUGUUGCUCAAUCGAUCGCCCAGCUGAGAAUGAUCCUCCCUUGCUCGCCAUUGUCACACAGACACACCAAGAACGUGUGAAAAGCCCAGAGACGCUACUGGAUCCAAGCUUUAUAGGAAGAUGUAGAUGCCGGUGUCGAUGAAUUAUUGGUGUCUUUCCAUUGAAUGGAUAU